AUGAACCCCUUGCGCCUCUCCUCCAGUUGCACGCGCCCAUUGACCCGAAAUCUCUCGUCAUGUCUCGCCCGUGGCGCGAUUCCCCGCAUUCAGCCCUACCACCGACCCGCGGUCGAGGCACUGCGAUAUCCAUUCCGGCGGCCCACUCUAGGCACUACUAUACCACACCCGCUGACCUACACCACAUUCAUCAACGCGUCCCAGUCCCGACCUAUCCACACUAAUACCACAGAGACGUCCGGGUCAAGUCUCACGCACGAGAAACCCAAAAAUGCCACGCAAGCACAACAGCUCUACGAGCUCUCGCUCGGACUCUCCCGCACCCCGGCAAGCGGCAACGUCGAGAUGCGAACCACCAUCUACAACGCCGAGGGAGCAUCGGAUCCAACGUCUGCGCCACCCACAGAGCUGAAGCUCACGAAGCUAGACAUUGCGCAGCGGUAUGGUCUUAGUGCGCGCGAUCUCCGCGCCAUUGAUCUCCCGUCCGACGGAUUCCCGCAUAUCCUGAUCCGCGAGUCGACAAUGUUGAUCCAUCUGUUUAAUCUGCGGUUGCUGGUGCAGGCGGAUCGGAUGCUUUUGUUUCAUAUCGAUGGACAGGGGCAGGGACAGGGACAGGGUCAAGGGAAGGGGUCAUCGUCGAUGGAUAACACCACACGCGUCUUCACGCACGACCUAGCAGGGAAGCUGCGCGGAGACCGCGGACUCGGGGUGUCGACGCGGUUGCCGUACGAGCUACGAGUACUAGAAGCGGCGUUGGCCGCGACGACGUCGACGCUAGAGGCGGAGUACGUGCUCGCGAAGGAGCGGGCGGUGCAAGCUUUACGGACGCUGGAUCUGCAAAUGCAAGACAAGGAGGAGAGUGUGAUCCACUCUGAUCUGCGAGAGCUGUUGGACCUAGUGCGACGGCUAGCGGGGAUCGAGCAGCGGGCGCGCCACGUGCGGAGCGCGGUGCAGGAGGUGCUGAACGAGGACGAGGAUAUGGCGGCGAUGCACCUGACGGAUAAGAAGGCGGGGAAGCCGCAUCGGAUGGAGGAUCAUCAGGACGUGGAGUACCUGCUAGAGGCGUACUAUAAGGCGAGUGACCGGGUAGUGCAGGAGACGGGGAGUCUGAUGCGGAAUAUCCAGCAGACGGAGGCGACGAUUCAGUCGAUUCUGGACGUGCGGAGGAAUCAGAUCAUGGUGCUGGAGGCGAAGGUCGAGAUCUGCAUGCUGGGGCUUGCGGCUGCGACCCUGGUGGCGGGUCUCUAUGGUAUGAAUGUGCCGAAUUACUGGGAGGAGAAGGGCUGGGCGUUUGGACUGCUGGUCUCGUUCUGUCUGGUCGGGACGGUUGGGAUCUCGCGAUAUGGCAUGCGCCAGUUGCGGCGGGUUCAGAGGGUCUAUCUAUAG